UAAAAUUAGUCUGCUCUUCGUGCAACAGCUGAAAAGCAAAAAUCACAUGUGCUUCAUGGUUCUCGUUCGAGAUUUUCUGAAAAUUGAAUCAUAUGAGGAAGAGGAACAUUAUUUGUGUUGUUCAUAAUGGAAGAUGAAGAAAGAAUCGUGGCAAAGCGAAGAGUGUACGACCUUCUCGCAAGAUUUGAAAAUGAUGAUUUUAAACUUACCGACUUCAAUCCUGAAGCAGUAGAAUUACAGGAACCAAUGCACAUACCAUCACAAUUGUUUUCUGCGCUAAAACAUUGCCAACAACAUUGCAUUUAUGACAUGAGCUUUAAAAUCUUGAGAUACUUGAUUGAAAAUCAGCAAGUUGGAAAACAAUUUUUGUGGAAAAUGUUUGUAAAUUUUCUACAGAAAGAUUGUGCUUUUUUUUUGCCCUUGGUAUCAGAGUUUAAAAAAGUAUUCUUCAAGUCGCAAAAAGUCCAUCAUGACGAGUUGCUUCUAUUCCACACAGUUCUCCUUUUAAACAAGGAAAUGUAUGAUAAAGCUUACCAAGAAGCUUGCAAUUUUACUGCCAGGGAAUUAUCAAUUGAAACCAGUUAUUGUGAAACUGCUAAAGCUGCUUCAUCAGCUUUACUCAUGGGAUACAAGACCAUUUUGGACUACCGGACUAUGGAUACUGGUGAUGAUGAGAUGCUCCAUGUUAUUAAGGAGUCAUUCCAACUGCUGUUUACAAAGAAAACCUUUGAGCCUUUGUUUGCUGAACCCUACACUUACAUUUUGAUGAAGUUGAAAUUACAAGAAGAAGCCGAAGCAUUUCUUGAGAAGUAUGUUGAAAAAGAGUCCAAAGGAAAUUUCGGAGUCUCUGGUGCCCUUCAUGCUUUGAAUAUAAUCAAGUUACAUAUUCCAAAAGCCAGUCCAAAGCUUACCAUCUCCUUCCUUGAAAUGAUUGCAAACAGAGAUAUUGGAAAUUCAAAGAUAUUAGACCUAUGUAAACACUACUUGCAUACUCUUAAUUCUGCGACUUGCAGUAUCUCUGACAAUGAAUCCGAUUGCGGUUCGGAUGCAGGCCUCAUUUCAUUUGCCCCUGAACCCAACGGUCUGAACAAAUGCCUAGAAUUGAUUAUGUGCUUUCUAGACGUUUACGUAAAACACGUACCUUCGGCUGUCAUCAAAGAAGGAUGGAGUAUUACGGCCGAAAUCCUGAAAAGGAUUUGCUUGCAAGAGGCGGAAGACUGUUUUCAGUCAAUCAUAAAUCUCUGGCAUAAUGAAAGAAAAAAGUGGUGGCCCUGCUUUCGCCUUCCUCGCUAUGGUUUACCUUCUACUCUACCACCUGAUGAUGCAGAGUUUUAUUCCAACAAGGGUUUUGUCUGCUACGUCUUGGAGUCCCAGUACCACCCAUUUGUCGUGAGUCUCAUGGAACAUCAGGGAUGUCAUUUGUUGAAGUCUCUGAUGGAACAACUACAUCAUGCCAAGAUCAAAUUUGACUCGCACAUUGAAGCCCUGCAAACAGCUAUGGAACCAGUUAUUCCAGUACCAUUGGUAUCAAAGCCAAUUGUCCCGCAGAUGACCGUAAACAGUCCUCAAACUCAGAUGACUCCUUCUCUUUCCAAGUUUAACGCCAUAGACGCCGAUGCAAUAGCGGUAGAGUAUCCGAAAAUGAUGGCAACUUCAAAAAUGGGGAAAACCGAUUACAUCCGAACUGGCAAAAUUCAUCUAAAUACGAGAAAGUUGUUAAAACUUGAUAUUAGCAAUAUGAUAGCCAAGCGAUAUAAGAAGAGGAGGACAAUCCGCGUCCAAAACAAAGCGCUCCGCAUGACCCGUGCGUGGAGAUCGGCUACAAUAUCAACUGGCUCUGUGAAAUCUUUUGGAUCACUGGAUUCUUCCCUGGAUGAAUGGGAGCAUGGCGACAACAACGUAAUGACCGAUGAGUCACUUUCGCAGGACGGUGGAAAUGACAGCACUUCAAAAUGGUGUGAACCAAAUCCUUGUCAGCCGACUGUAAGUAUGUUGGCGAAAAAACGCUGGACAACGUUUGUCGAACACGGAAGAUGGGGAUCAUUCACCGUAGAUGAUGAUGAAAGUGAUGAGUACACUCCUCCAUCAUCAGAUGAUGAGGAUUCGUAUUCCGAUGAAUUUGAUGACGAGUUCCAAGAUAGUGAUGAAGAUAGCGAUGGCCAAGGAGAUACGCCAGAAGUAAUUUCUAACAAUUAUCCUGCAUCAAUACCUUCUUCUUAUCCAUCGGUAUCACCAGCUUCGUCUGUUUCCGGCUGUUUCACACCCGUCCUGCAGUUUUCCGAUUUUCCGAAUCCACCACGAGACGUUAUCCCCAAUGGAGAUCACUGUCGUUUUGUGGAAUUUGACAGUUUUAGCGUUUGUAGCAACGGUAUGAAAGGAGAAAUUGAUAUUAGUGUCGCUCAAGCUAUAAGAAAACUUGAUAUGGACAUCCACGCGUCCACUUAUCUAGCAGAGCCAGCCGAGAUUGAUCAUGGAGAUGAAUAUGUGGUUGAAGCAGAGAUUGUGAUACCCGAAGAAGCGUUGGUCCAAUCACCUAACCGAAGUGCAUCGAACUUUAACAAUAGAAGUUUUUCCCGGGAUUUUGAGGCUUCAAGUCCAGACAUGUUCGCAUUUUUUAGCGAAGACGAAGACAAAGAUAUCUUCGGUGAAGAUCAAGAAGGCAAUCGAAAUAACGAUGACAACCACAGGGAGAAAAUGAAUUCAACGAUUCACCAGGAAACAUCUUCUCCUGUCGCAUCUACGCCAUAUGUCGUCUCCACGCCUUUAGCCGUUUCUACUCCUAUAACAGUAGGCACAAAUAAAAACAAAAUGAAAAUCCUUAAGUCGAAAACCAAGCGACUACGAAACGCCUCCCAGAAUAAAACAAAUGAACAGUCCCAUUCGAGUAAACGUUCUACACCAGGAAGGAAGAAAAAGAGCAAACGCCGAGUUUCGAAAUCGUAUCGAUGGGAUAUUUCGUUGGUGGAUCGAGUGUUGAAAGAAUCGCUGAAAGAGUCUCUGCUAUCUCAAGAUAAAUCAUCGUCAACUUCCAAUUUCGUCCAGCUGCCAACAGUGGAGAUUGAAGCAGCCACGGAAGAAGAAGCGUGUAAUCAGCCUGGUACCUACAAUCAUGGAAUAGUAGAAGAAACUUUGCUCCCGAUUGCUGGUCCUUCUACAGUGAAAUCGAGUCCGCCCAAAGCCAAAAGGAUGAGUUCCAUACACUUGCCGUCUACUUCUAUAUGGACAUCUGAUCAUAUCACCGCUCCCUUAGCCGUUUCUUCUCCUAAAAUCGUACGCAAGAGGAAAGAGGAAAAGAAAGUUGAUGUCAAAUCGAAAAAAGCGCGGUUGGAAAACGCCACCAAGAACGAAACCAACCAACAACCUGCCUCGGACAGCCGUUCAUCCGUAAGAAAGAAAAAGAGUAAAUCUGGAGUUUCCGAGUCUAGCGAUUGGCAAUUGGCAUUGUUGGAUCGUGUGCUAAAAGAGUCCCUGUUAUCCGAAGAUCAACCAUCAACUUCUAAUUCGAAACAGCCUACGACAAAUGAAACUGUUCCACCUAUCGCCGUUACAUCUACAAAGAAAAAAGGACAAAAUAAAACCAAAAAAGAAAUCAACUUGCCGUCUGCUUCUGUUUCGACAUCCGAUCCCGAUCCCAUUGCUUCCAAAACCGUACGCAAGAAGAAAGAAGAGAAAAAAGUUGAUGUCAAAUCGAAAAAAGUGCCUUUACCAAACGCCACUCGAAACGAAACCAACCACCCAUCAGCGUCGGACAGCCGUUCAUCCAGAAGAAAGAAGAAGAGUGAACCCGGAGUCUCCGAAUCGAGCGAUUGGCAAUUGGCAUUGCUGGAUCGUGUGUUAAAAGAGACCCUGAUGUCCGAGGAGAAACCAUCAACUUCUAAAAAAUCGAAAAAGCCUUUGAAAGAAAAAACUGUGCGACCUACUGCCGUUAAUUCUACAAAGCAAAAUAGUAAACCCAAAAAAGCGGUUGCCAAAGGAAACUCACUGGGUGAUGCUAGCGCAGCUUUUGAUGUUGAAAAUGUGGGGAUAUCUUUACAAAUUAAACCAGGCGAUGGACAAUCCAAACCUCGUCGUGUAACUGCCAGAAAAUGCCAUGUUCGAGAGAGAGAUCCUGAUUACCUAUCGGCGUCUGAAGGUGAAGCUGUCUAGACUUUGGAAUCCGUAUCUCGUGUAAAAGGCAAAGCCAAUCUCCUUGUUUAAAUUCAUUCAUCUCACGAAGAGAAUGUAAAUUAUUAUUCUACACUUGUAAAUUCAUUAUUGGAAGUGGGAACGCGUAUCGUGUACCCGUAAAUCGUGGUAACACUCAACUCCGCCCUUGAAAGGGGUGAAGUUAAUUUGCCAUAUUCCUCGGAUUUACUUAUUAUUUUAGUGAUCCGUUCUGUGUAUUUCGUGAUUCUUGAUCCAGAAAUAAAAAUGUCGCUCAAAUUA